AAUCGCGAAUGUAAGCUAAACGGGCGUCUUUUGCUCCCUUUGUUACAUGUGACCUAGCCUCGCUGUGCUACCGUACUACACAUUAGCGACCUCCCUACUAGAGCUAGCACUAUCUGCCCACUUGGUCCUCCGGCUCCCCGCGUGUCCGAAACUGGAACCCCCCCGUGGAUUGUCGGCAUCCCACGCUCUCGGGGGACGGGGACCACCAGCUAUCCACUGACACGGGUCCGUUCUAAUCUCGAUGAAUUUUGCCCAUAUGCACUCGUCAUGCGGUUCUGCUGUUUGCUUGUCGUCUCACUUGGUGGCGGCCCCCCUUCAUAUUCAUAAUCAUCCUUCCCGCCUCCCCCCCGUCCCGCCGUUGCGCCUGUCUGUUGCGUAUAGCGUUUUGGCUGUGCAGACAGAAGCACCGUUCUCGCUGAGAGCGACCAUUUUCCUAGACGACGCAGCAGUCUAGCCCGCCGCCCAGGGCUAACGACACACACCAUGGUUUCCGGUCGUUGGAACCGAGUCGAGUUUACGACAUACGAUGGCCUCAAACUGCGCGGCAACUGGUUUGAAUCACCUAGCGCAGUAGGCACAGCCACCUCGCCUGCAAUCAUCAUGACACAGGGCCUUGCUCUCCUUAAGGAGCAUUACCUUCAGAACUGGGCUAAACGCUUCCAGGACGCGGGCUUCCAUGUUCUCAUCUACGACCAUCGCAACUUUGGCGAUUCCGAGGGCUAUCCCCGUUGCGAAGCGGACCUCGAGCGCCAGGCGGACGACUAUUCAGAUGCGGUUUCCUACGUCCGUGGCCUCAAUGGCGUCAACCCGGACAAGGUGUUUCUCUGGGGCAUCUGCCACGCUGGCGGUGCUGCAGGAACGGCUGCUGCCUUGGACAGACGGAUUGCCGGCGUGAUUCUUAUGAUGCCCUCGCUGUCCGGCAAGUUUGAUUACGACAAUUGGCCUGCGCGUUAUCGAGAGAAAUAUGAAGCUACGCGCCAGCUGGGACGGGAUGCCGCCGACAACAAGGCGGAUUUCGUGCGCUUCUGGCCGACGUCGGCAGCCGACCGCGCGGGGCAAGGCGAGUCCAUGCUCACAGACGACGUCUCGUACAACUGGGUGCAAGGCGCAUCCCGCCUUACAGACGAAGGAGGCAGCACCUUUGACAACAAGCUUGCCGUCACAUCGCUGCACUCCAUCUUUCGCGCCAGACCAGGCGCUUAUUUCCCAGAAAUCAGCCCGACGCCCGUACUCUUCCUCGCUGCUACGGACGAUCCCCUCUCUACGGACUUUGAGACACAGGCAAAGACGUACAGCGCGAUGGGCGAGCCCAAGGAGUUUGUUGCGCUCAACGGUGGUCAUCUAUCCAACUACUUUGGCGAGCAGUUUGAAGUAGGUCUGCAUGCCAUGCUUCAGUGGCUACAAAAGUAUAGCCGAUGA